CAGCCGAGCAAAGAAAUGAAUGAACGGCACAGAGUGGCACCGCCACAACGGGGAAGCGCCCUGUCGUUUCGCUCGCAGAUAUCUGCUUGACUGUCACACAUUCGCAGGUGACUUGCUCGGCCCACGGAGCAACGGAGUGCAGUGAAAGAAGCAGAAGAGAGAGAGGAAAAAAGUGAACCAUAACAAACAAAAAAAUAAACCCACAUCCACCCACCCUACAGCCCUACUGAAGGGUGCCGCACGAGCGGGCUUGAGAGGUAGGGGCGCGCGCGCGCUCGAAAUUUCGCUGUCACUGCGGCCUCCCCCCCCAACCGUGCACGAGAAAAGGGGAGUCAGAUCUUUGGUGGCGCGAUUCGAUUGUGCGCCAUUUGUGCGCUGGCCAGCAGCAGCAGCAGCAAACAUAAGACACAGGGACCAUCCUCCCAUCCCCCACGAUCAAACCGCUCAAACGGCGAAGUGUGUGCGCCCGUGAGAAGAAACGAAAAAGCGAAAAGAAAUCGAACCGUCCACGGGGUGGUAAGCGGGGCUCGGGAGCACCCAAAAACAACAACAACAGAAAGGAGAACAAUAACAACAACAACAACAGCGAGUUACUUCCGUGCUGCCGAAUUGCGAAGCAGCAGCAGCAGCCAGCAACAGAAUGAAGGUGUUACGGGAGAAGAUAUCGAAAAUGGCUGGAGGAGUGCAGCAAGGCAUCGUGUGGUUUAAAGCCGGCGGCAUCGUCAGCCCGAUGCUGCUCAUCUACGUACUUCACAUGCUCUGGCCCGAGUUUCGCCCGUUCAGCAUACUGUUUGUGAUUGCGAUCGGGUUCCUGUGGGACCGGCCGGCCGGCCAGCAGGUGGCGGCCCCCUCCGUAACCGGCCGCUCCCCGCUGGCCGAGCUCGGGGCGAAGGUGUGGGCACUGCGCACGACCCGCCCGCUCAGCCUGGUGGCGGGCAGUGUGGCCGGCUGCCUCACCUACACCUACCUGGUGUGCUACGUGCUGCCCCUGUGGCUGUCGUUGGGCGUUGCCGGGCUGGUCGUGUGCUGGGAUCGGUUCGGCGGGCCCGGCGGUCCGCUCAGCAUUGCGCCGAGUUUGCACGACACGCUGCAGCAGGAGCAGCAGGAAAUGGACGAGUUUGUGCCGGAGCUGACGGAGGUGAGCCGCGUGCUGCUGCAGGAGGUCGGUGAGCAGGGCGCGGACACGACACCGCCCGCCGACGGGUUCGCCGCAGCGGCCGGCGGCCGCGGGAACAGCGCGGAGGAGGACGAGGAGCAGUACCUGCGGACGCUCAUUCCGGAGGCGACCAGCAACGAUUUCGAGUCGGCCGAGCUGAGCGGCUCCAGCAGCGACGAGCUGUUCUGUCCCGAGGGCCCGGCGGUGCGGAAGGCGGGCCGGGCGCACGGCCGGCCGGGCGAGCAGCAGCCGAUCGAGUUCAAGAGCAGCCACUUUAACGCGAACAGCUCGUCCGACUCGGACGACAACAUGUCGCGGGGGCUCAACUUUAACGACGACGAGGACGACGCGGACGGCGUGGCCCGGCGACCGGCGGCCAAAGGCAGCAGCGGCAGCAGCAGGCAGCAGCCGACUGGUGAGGCGAUGCUGAUGAUGAGCGCCACCAGCCUGGCCAGCAACGUGCUGGUCGACACGGUGUACCGGCGUCUGCUGGACGCGGGCGCCCUGCACCAGCAGCAGCAGCAGCCAUCGCCGCACCAUAGUAUUCUUCAGUCGGUUGCCUCGCUCGGCAGCACGAUACAGGCGCUCCGGGGGCAGACGGUGCAGGAGGAGGGCACCGAUGACGAAUCGACCGACGCGGACGAGGACAGUGAGUUUGAAAUGCUCAACUCGGAGGAGCUGAACAACUUAUGAGCACGUGGUGGCGCUUCCGAGAAUUGUUAGAAGACAUGUUAGGGAGUGAAGGAAAGAGAGAGAGAGAGAAGAAGAGAAAGCGAGAGAGAGAUAGUAAGGAUUGCGGUGUGGAAAUGUAAUUUCUCCGCCGCUGUUUGUCUGUUUUUGGUUUGACACGGCUUACCCCCGUUUUAAUUGUAUAACAAUCCCCCCAAAACUCCCCAAUUCAACCCUGUUGCCAUCUCUCCUCCCCGUUCCGAGGGUUCCUCGCCUCCCUCCCCCGAACCGGGUGGUGCCUCGAUGUUUUUUUUUUUAUUUGUUCUGUGUUAUUUACGUUUUAUCGUUUGUAAUAAUUAUUCUUAUGUUAAUCAAUGCUAGCUGCUAGGUGCCCCUUGUAUUGACGUGGUGUUAUGUACUCUACCCACAUAUCUUACCACGUAUCCUUCUAAACCCCCUUAGCUCCAUUUAAAAUGAAUUUUUGUCACAGCAAUUAAAACAAAAAAAACAAGAACUACAUCGAAUGUAGCGUGCCAGAACGUUUGAGCCUAAGCCCGCCCACCCUCCGGGCCCCUCCGGUGGCCGGUUGCAGGCUGGCCAACAUGCAAACGCAACCAAUUGAAGAUAUUAUUUGCAGUCGUCGUGAAAGGAUGAAAUCUUUUCAAUUUACUUAUCGUUACCAGUGGAAAAUAACAACAAAAAAGAAAUACUUAUUGCAUAUCUUGUGGGAAUGUUUGGUUUUGCUUAACAACAACAAAAAAUGGAGGAAACAUUGUUCGACGAAAGUGUUAGAAGGACAGCCCAAAAAUCUUGUGUGUGUGUUUUUUUUUUGUUCCUCCCCGUUCUAGUCUUACUUGAGCUUAAAGCGUAAGUGGGACGCGGUGGAUGGAUCUAUCUAAUCCGUAUUCCCCCGUCGUCCCAGUAGGAAAGGAACAAACAAAAAGGGGGAUGGCAAGCGUGGAAUGUCGGGGCCAGGCGAUGGAAUGUAUGAAAUGUGAUAAUAAUUACAUCAGCGCGGUAACAAACUUCUCCAGACGGAAGUGCUAAUAAAUGUUAAACCCCCUAACCCUCCCCUCCCAGUGUAAUGUUUACCGGCCGUGGUGUGGUACAAGAUAGCAAGAUUGAGUAUUUUGUGUGUGCGUGUGUGUGUGUAUUUCCCUUUGUAGUUCCUAGUAUACCGGUACCGUUCGUACCCAAAAAUUCGAAGGAAAUAAAUUAUUCUGCGUAAAACGUGAA